GAAAGAGCCAAGUUAUGGAAACACCAACUGAAUCGAUAGACACCAAUGGUUUCACUGUCGACGAUGAUGUCGUGGCUUGGAAUGCGGGAAGAAUUGAAAAUAGCGCCUUUGUUCGCACAAUUUACGGCUUCAUCGCCUUCUCUGGUAUUACGGGUAACGCCCUCGUGUGUUUCGUUCUCCUACGAAUCCCUUCACUCCGUACUCGAACCAGUCAAUUCAUCAUCAAUCUGGCCAUCAAUGACCUCGUGACAGCCGUCUUCGUCAUUCCGUUGCAUCUGUUUCCGAACUUUCCCCCUGCCCCGUCCGGUUUCGCGGGCCAGCUGUACUGUCGUCUUUUCAUCUCCAAGUCUCUGCUCUGGGCUUCUAUCGUCGCAUCGGGUUUUAGUCUUAUCGCCGUCACAACAGAGCGUUAUGUCGCCGUUGUUCACCCCGUUCGGUACAAGUUCUACUUCACAACAAGACUGACCAUCAUCUUUGUUGUUGCAUGCUGGGUAAUUUCUCUGAUUUUGGCUUCGUAUCACAUGGCGUCCUUUGCUCCCUCCAACGGAAUCUGUGUAUUCGUCCCUCUCCGGAGCCCGGUUAAUUCGAUGAUCUUGGGAGUGUUUAUCUUCAUGAUUAUGUAUGCCCUGCCCAUUAUAACCAACCUUGUGCUCCAGACCCUUGCCAUCAUUGCACUACGGAAGCAGGCCAAAUCAAUGGGAAGCGGUGAUGCACAAGCAGGUGGUGAGACCGGGAUCAAGAAGGACCAAUGGCAAUUGAGAGCAGCAGCCGAGAUGCAGAAGACACUCUUGAUCGUUGUUUUGGUUUACGCAUUAUGCUGGGGACCCAACCAUUUCCUCUUUCUUGCCUUCACAUUUGGUGCACCCAUCGACUUCGCAUCUCAGUACUACCACUUUACGGUCAUCAUCGCCCUCUUCAACUCCUGUGUGAAUCCCUUUAUUUACGUCUUCAAGAACAAGGCGUUUCGAAGAGGGGUUCGUCAGGCUCUCCUGCCGGGAGGGACAACAGUUCAUCCCGUGGGGUUGGGGAGCGGAACGGGCACUGGUGGUACAUCUGACAGGGGAACGGGAUCGACCAAUGUGUAGAUUCGUCGCUACUUUCCUCAAAGUUCGACAGUCAAACGGUUAAAGUUCUCUAAAAGAAAAUAAUGGUACAAGGAUUUUAGUUCUGAAAAAUGUGAACCGAGAUUGGGGAAGUUUAUCAAAUAAUAUGUACUUGAUAGACAUGAGUCUAGUAGAUCAAGAUUAUCAACGUAUUAUAUUCGUCUUAAAUUGCAAAACAAAGAAAUCUGUUCUUAACCUUAGCUCAUUUUCAAACUACAUUCACACCUGCACUGAAUAGAGUGGUGAGGCACGCUAACACAACGCUUUAGCAUCAGAUUUUUUGUCAGACGCUUUUCGGCAUGGGCGGGACUCGAACCCCUCACGUUGAGAUUUACGAUCUUUCCGAAACAUGCGCUCUAACCGACUCAGAGCUACGCUGCCUCCCUUUUAUUCCAUUUAUUGGUUUCUGCAACACUUUUUCAGAAGUACAUUAACAAAGAAGAUACAAUAAUGAUAUACAUAUAACUGGCAAGCAAAUGUAUGUUUUUUAUUUUGAUUCUUGGUUGUUGUGUUUUCUGCUUUGAAAUUAUGUGUUUCAUAAGACAUAGAGAAAGAACAAUUUUCCAUUUAACUUUAAUAUUUAUUCAACGAUAAUGAUUUAACACCAUUUUUGAAAGGAAAAAUGAAUCUUAACUGUUUGAGUUAAUUUGGCAAUGUAUUCCAUAUGUCAGGUCCAUGAUGUCUAAGUGCUUCAUGUGCUAAUAGUGUUCUAGGAUUGUCUAAGUGAAUAUCCUCACAAGUCCGUGUUGGAUAUAAAUGUAAGUUGCUAUUAUAUGAAAAGAAAUUGGUAAAUACAGAAGGAAGCAGUUUGUAAUGAUAUUUAUAUAUAAAAAUAGCUAUUUGUAAAGUAUUUAUAUCAUAUAUCUUAUACGUUUUUAAACGAUAAAAAAGAGGAUUAGUGUGUGAAAGAUAUGUUGAUUUUGUGCAGAUCCUGACAGCUUUUGUCAUAAAAGUAAAUGUUCAAGGUUACUUUUACUACAGUUCCCCAAAUAAGGUUACAAUAAUUAAUAUAUGGUAGUACCAAUGCAUUGUCAUUAAAAGGGAAUGCUCUGGCAAAAAAUACUUUAAUUUGUAUAAUAUUCCAAUUCUUUUAGCCAUUGAUGAGGAUAUAUGCUUACGUGUUGGUUCCAUGAUAAAUGUUUGUCAGUUGUAAUACCAAGAAAUUUCACAUAUUAUUUUUUAUCUAUGGGCUCAUUGUCAAUUAGAAUGUCUUGGGGAAAAAUCAUCAUUCCUAUAUGGGUACUUUGAAAAUGAACGAAAUGAGUUUUACUUAUGUUUAAGGAUAACUUGUUACAUUUAAACCACGACGAAACAUUUUUAAUACCAAAUUCAUUCUAUUAAUCAAUUCAUCUAAAUUUCUGUGAGAUAACAAAAUGUUGGUGUCGUCAGCAUAUAAAAUAAACGAAAGAAUUUGGGAAGAAUUUACUAUAUCAUUGAUAUAUAAAUCGAACCUUGUGUCACUCCACAAUUAAAGAAAGGACAGAGGAGAUUUAAUAUCAUUAAUAGAGACGAAUUGAUGUCGAUUUGAAAGAUAACGUUUAAUCCAUGACCAGGCAACUCCACGUAUUCCGUAAUUAUGUGAUUUAUGUAAUAAAAUGCUAUGGUCAAUGGCGUCGAAGGCUUUACUUAGGUCCAUAAAUAAAGCGAUUAUAUGACUUCUUUUUGAAAGAAAGUUAACAACAUUAUCAAGUAAUUUAGUUAUUACAAAAACGGUUGAGAAUUUUUUCUAAAGCCGAAUUGGGCUGGAGUAAGAAUUUUAUGUAAUGAAAAAAAAGAAUCCGAUCGGACCAAUGGGACUACUGUUGCUAUUUUUAAUAAAUUGCGACAACAGCUAGUCGAGAUAGAUUAAAGAUUAUGUUUUAAUCGAAAGUCAAUGCUAUAUAUUACAUGUUUUAAAAGUUGUGUGCUGAUUCCGUCAUAUCCUGUAGAUUUUUUUAGAUGCUAAGGCUUCAACUAUCUUAAGUAUUUCAUGUUGAUAUGUUGGAAUAAAACACGUUGUAUUUGAGUUGGGCUCGGAGAGAUACUCAGUAAAACUCUUACCAUCACUUUGUAUUUUUGAGGCCAGGUCAGGACCAAUGCCCGCGAAAAAAAGAUUUAACGCUUGAGCAAUUUCAAAAGGUUCAGUAAAGAAUUUAUUUUCAACUUCAAGUUUUUCAAUUGUAUUAUGGAAUUUACUUUUGUUUAUUAAUUUGUUUAUAACAUUCCAAGUUGCAUUCAAAUUCCCUUAUGCGUUUAUUUCUUUUGAAUAAUAUACUUUUUCGAAGAUCGAAUUACGCCGGUGGGUGUAUUUCGAUACUUUUUAUUGAUAAAAUUAUGUUCAGAUCUAUAAGAAAUGAAUGAUUUAUAAAGUUUAUUACGUUUUCUGAUAGACUGUAAAAUUCCUCGAGUAAUCCAUGCAUGGAUUUCUGAUUUCAUUUCUACGCUUCUUGCUUUGAAUAAGUGGUAUGUUUUUAU